AUGUCACGAAAAUACUUCGAUAAACUCAUGACUGGCUCUGGAGUUACAGGUCGCUAGGUUAAGUCUAAGUUAGGGGAGAAUAUUAUGAAAAUGAUGGGGUGGGACCAUGGUAAAGGCCUAGGCAAGCAUGAAAAAGGAGAGACUGAAGUCAUUUAGAUUAAGCGUAGAGAAGAAGGCAUGGGUUUAGGAGUAGAGAAUACAUCACCUGCAGUCACUUUUAGAUGGAGUGACUAAUUCUGGGUAGAUGUGUAUAACAAAGCAGCCACUAGUUUCUAGAAUGUGAAGCAGUCUAAAGAGAAGAAGAAGUCUAGUAAAAAGAGAGACGAAAGCAGUGAUAGCGAUUCUUCAAGUGAUGGUGAAUUUGAUGGAAAUAUUGUCAUUUAGAAAAGCAAGAAGAGUCUGUCUAGUAAAAUUAUAAAAAAGGAGUCUAAGUAAAAUGCUAAGGACAAGGUAGCAGACAAAAAGGCAGAUAAGAAAUAAAAAGAUAAGAAAAAAGACAAGAAAGAUAAAAAGAAAUCUGUCACUCCACUUAGGAGAAGCAGGAGAAAUAGCACAGUAUCCGAUAAAAAGUGA